AUGGAGAUGGUUGCUAACAUGAGGAGCAGGAUGAGUUUAUUCAUUGUUGGGUUGUCUCGUUUGUUAAGCAAGGAAGGCAAGGCAACUAUGCUGAUAGGGGAUAUGGACAUAUCAAGGAUGAUGAUCCAGGUGCAACAGGUUGAGGAGGAUAAGCUGAGGGAUAGAGAGGAGUUUAGAAACAAGAAAGCAAAAACAGGGAAUGAGUUCGGGCAGCAGAAGAGUAGUGUUGCACAAGGAGGUAAUGGGAUUCUUGUAUGCGCUAAGUGUGGUAGGACCCACUCAGGGGUGUGUCGUGAUGGCUGCAUUGGUUUCUUUAAGUGUGGUCAGAAUGGUCACCUUAUGAAAGAGUGUCCUAAGAGCAGACAAGGAAAUGUUAAUGGGGGUAAUAGAGCCCAAUCUUCUUCAGUUGCUCCACCAGAAAGAGCUACAUCUAGAGGAGCUACUUCAGGGAUCUAG